AUGGGAUUCAUAAGAAAGGUCGCGAUGUCUCUGGACGGUGCGCUGGUCGCGUUUGUCAUCACAGCGAGGCCAAGGGGCUUGGAAACACAUUGUAGGAUUUAUCUUGCCUAUACCCAGCAUCUGAUGGAUACUGCAGAUAGCGGAGGAAAUGUCUGGUCGCUACCUCGAUCUAGCCGUUCGAACUCUGAAGUUUCUGAGAGUUCGUUCCUCUCGGUGACAACUGCAGCAAAUCUGAUUUUGGAAAAGGUUGUCGUCGGGUCAGCUGCCCAAAUUCGCUUUCUGGACUUCACGCCAGAUGGCAGAUUCCUCGUCAUCAUUAUUCAAGAGGGAACAAGCGGCUUCUCUAUUCGUGCCUGGGAAACCUAUAGCGGGAAAUGCUAUCGGGACUUUUCUCUUACGAUCGAGACAUCUCAAACGCUUCGCUCCCUCUUUACGACAUGCUCUCUUUACAUUUCCCGAUCUGGAGAGCCGUGCUUAGCUGUCCUCGCCGACCAUCGCCGGAUUAUUCAUGUCAAUCUUUUCACACGAAUCAACAACUAUCGGGUGCUGAGCAUCAACGUUGACAGCAUGUUUGUCUGCGAUGAUGGACAGACCAUCGUGCUGAUCGGAAAAAACAUGGGCCUUAGGGCCUAUUUGCUACCUGUUCACGCGCUGGAUAAAUCCGAGUUCCUUGGGACCGCAAAGAUAGAUGCCGUAUCUUAUUCACCCGCUUUGGACGCUGCGGCAGUCAAAAGGGACGAAAACCAACAGCUGAAGCUGCUCAUUGCUAGCUCUUCAGGCUCAUUCCUCGAUAUGGGUAUACAGUACUGA